AUGCUUGUUCUGACGUCAGCGCUGCGUCGUUCAAUCGGCACGCAGAGUUUCAGUGUGUGCUUUCUCCUCCUCAUCCAGCUGUGUAUUCUCCGCACGUCUGUUCUCUUCAUCUGUGCCUUGCGAUUUUCUCUGCAGAUGGCUACAGGAAACUCAGGGGACGAUCUGUCCGUUACCUCCUCUGAUAACAGUUCCUCCCACUGCCCAAGGGGUCCGCUUUUGGUACAACAAAGCUCCUUGGAAGAGUUGGCAACAACUUCCUCUGAUCUUUGGACUGCAAUCCCAACUGAGGAUGAUAGUGCUGAUGAAGCAACCACUUGUGAAGAGUAUUCUGUCACCUCCUCCUUACCUAGCAGUUACAGAUCAGUAGAGGAUAUUAAUUGGGACACUGCAAGCAACCUGGAGUCAGCUGCACGGUCCUUAUCAGAUGUUAGCCUUGAGAACUGGGAAGUGGAAGAUUUAGCGCCAUCUGGUGGACACUCUGCGGAAAAUUUCCAAGUCCAACAAGACCCAAGAAACCAACAAUCAGCACCAAAGAUGGAUGGCCUAUCGCUCAUUCACUGCCCUUAUCUAUGGCCGUCUUGGAAGAAGAAAUCGCGUCCCUAUUCCAUCCUGUAUGGGCAAACUAAUCAGGGACACAUUUCCAGACCCUCAAGGCCAGUACACAGGCUUUCAAAGGAUGUCAAGUUUCCAUUUGGUUCGGACACCCCGAUACCAGAAUUUUUAGACAUUGAGCAUGUUUUCUCUGUGAGGUUUAGUUGGGCAAAUCAAGGUAUCUUAUAAUGUAAUGUUUAUUGGGGCAAUACUGUGCCUAUAAUGUUUGUAAAAUCACUAAUGUAACUUUCUCCGUUUGGAGAUAUUUUCUUUUAGCCUUACUUAUUUGGCCAAGGUGUCAAGCUUGCUCAUGUAGUUUAGUACUUAGUAGUAAGGAAACGUGUUACGUUAUGGAAAGGUUCUGGAAAUAACACCGUCAGUUCAGUAAGAGAACACUAUAAAUGUCCACUUUGGAGUUCUUGUACAAAUAAUUUCGAGUCUCUGGUUUGUAAAACUAAAUUUAAUUUUCUAGGCCUCAAUGUGUUGGUCAAAAUUACCAUAUUAGAAGUAAAGAAGAAAAAUCUUGUUACCCUCAACAAAACAAUGGGCUAAUAAUUGGACAUUUGCUAAUGACGUAGCAUUUGUGCCAUAGAAAACAGUAAGCAUGUCCAUCCAAAACACAAAGUUGACAAUAAACUUUUUGA